AUGGGACCUUUCUCUCGCCGUCACUGCAUCGCUCACUUGUCUCUCCCUCUCUCUCUCCCUCCUCCUCCUCCAAACGCUUCCUCAGCACAGCUUCCUCUCGGGCCGGUGUUUAUUAUUAUUAUUGUGCGUGUGUGUACUGCUCUGUGCGCGCAUCAGGGAGGUCUGUGCCACGCAACCUCGCCUUCUCGUCUCUCUUUCGUUGGCUCUAGCUUGACUAUGUCUGCGCCUCCACCAGAGGAUGAGCAGCCGGCGAUGCUGCCGUUUUUGCCCGCGCAAGCAGCUCUAUCUGCGGUCGCAACACCAGCAGAUGCGGCCGCUGCGAGCACGGCGGAUACUAGCAUUGCGUCCCCCGAAGGGGAUUCGCCGCCGUCGGAGCGGCGUGGCAUGUCGUUUGAGGAGUUCCGCCAGUUCUACGUAGCAUCACAGAGGCUCAACUACCUCAGCAACCAACGCGACGCAACUGGAGUGUCGUCAGGCCAAGAAGACGGAGGCGCGGCGGCACAUGACACUGUCAGCGCCGACACCUUGGCCGGCGAGGCAGCCAGACAGCAUGUUGUGGUGGGUACCCUUCGCCGGCGCAUUGUCGGGACAAACGAGGACAGCCCUACUUUGACCCAAACAGCAGCAGCAGCAGCAGCACCAGCCACGCCUCCACCGGCAGCACAAGCACCACCACCACUACUAGGUCACCUUGCUCGCGUUACCCACGCUGUUGGUGGGUGUUUGAACUGGCUGGCGAAUCGGGUGGCACGCAACCGCGCGCACCUCCUCCAGCUCCUCCUUGUCUUCUUCGUCCUCUACGUUCAGGUCAAGCUGAGCAGCACUCACGUGAUUUGCCUUCUCGUCUUAUACAUUACCGUGAAGGGCGUGCAGGAGUUUGUGCGAAACUUCCAGAUCAGUCACGAGACGGGGACCACCGGGGCACCGUCCUUGCUCGGGCGUCUUUUCAAGCCAGAGGGGCACGUAGGAUCUGUGUCGAAGCUGCGUAAGAUCGGCUACGUCGUUGCGAAGUGUGCGGAGGCUUUCCUGCUGAGCUUCUUUCCAACCUACUCCCUCGAGCACCUGGAGCGUGAACUCUGCGCCGACGGCAUUGUGCGAUGA